AUGGGAAUGCUUUCAGGAAAUGCUUUCAGGCUUUUUGAGGAUGUGGAGUUUGUGGACACCCCUUUAAACAUUGCUGCAGAACAAGGGUGCAUUCGGUUCGCCAUGGAGAUAAUGAACCUCAAGCCAUCAUUUGCUCGGAAACUGAACCAAGAUGGCUUCAGCCCCAUGCACCUUGCGGUUAAAAAAGGGCAUAUAGAGAUGGCGUUGCGUUUCAUGGAAAUGGAUAGAGAUGUUGUUCGUGUUAAGGGGAAGAGUGGUAAGACUCCUUUGCACUUGAUAAGAAAACUUGGAAACCACCAUGGUCUGUUGGAUAGACUUCUAGAGGUUUGCCCUGAGAGUGUUCUAGAUGUUACAACUAAGAACCGCACUGCUUUGCAUAUUGCAACCAAAAACAAGAGACUGGACGUUCUUCAAGUCCUAAUUCGAUGUCUUCAAAAGAAAGACAAAGACAAAGACUAUUAUCGGCAAGUGGUGAACCGGAAAGACGAAGAAGGCAAUACUAUGCUCAGAAUACUAUUAGACUGCAAGGCUUAUAAGCAUGCCACCAAUCAGGCUGGUUGGACGGCACUGGAUGUUGCAAUAGGGCAAAACAACAGAGAAAACAUCAGUAUUUUGCGGGGUUGCUGGGAAGACCGCAAUGCUGUACUAGUAAUUUUAGGACUGCUUCUUACCGUAACUUUUCAAGCCGCUCGUAGCCUGCCCGGUGGAGUCUUGCAGGGUGAAAGUUCCUCAAAGUCCAAAGGGUUGUAUGAUCGAAGUGCAUUGGGGGAAUCAUGUUGGAAACUAAACGAGUAA